AUGAAUUCCCGCGAGCACUCCGAUAUGCCUCCGGCCCCCUCCUAUCCAUCCCCCAACGCGGCGCAAAUAGGCCAGGGCACCAUGCAGUACUACACAAACCGUCAGUUGACAACCGACGAACUUUUGUCCGCCGAACUUUCGCGCGAAACUUCUGGGCCCGGCAUUAAUGACGGCUCGAGCAAUGGGGUUCACCACGGCCAAUCGAUGGUUUUGGGAUCGUCCAAUGCUGGUGGCGCCGACAUGGGUCGCCCGUCCUCACCGGACCAGCACCAGCAGCAGCACAUGCUUCCAUUUCCGCCGAGUCAGCAGGUGGGCGUUGACCCAAAUCACGACCUGAGCUAUGGGGACCAGAGCGCUAGAAGGAAAAGGACGAAGAUUUCGCGAGCUUGUGAUGAGUGUCGGCGCAAGAAGGUUCGUUGCGAUGCCAGUUCCGAAUCUGGAGUCGAAACCUGCUCGAACUGUCGCCGUCUCGGAGUCGUUUGCCAAUUCAGCCGUGUUCCUAUGAAGCGUGGUCCGAGUAAAGGAUAUAUCAAAGAACUUGCGGAGCGCUUGCACACCCUCGAGAGCCAGAUGCAGCCUGCUAUGGUUCAUCCGGAUAUGCCUUACCAACCGAUGAACGACGCGCCUUCUCCGAGAGCGUAUCAAGACUUCUCGUCGCCUAUGGAUGCGGGUGGGAUCGGUCGCAAGAGGACAUACUCUGUUUUUGAUGGGCUACCAAGCUCAUCAAUUACACAACCUCCGUUCACGUCGCGUACCCAGAAUGCAUUCGGUGAGUAUUUAAUGCCUUUUCUUACGGAACUACCCUCUGACCGUGGUAGAUGCGGGCGAAAAUCCUACGGACCCGUUCAACCCUGCCGUUAUCACCGGUUCGGCGCCAAAGCCUGGGAAUCUUUUCUGGUCAGGUAA